GGCCUUUAAGGGACCAAGGCACAGUCCCAGUGACUGAGGGCCCAGGGACUAUCCUGUGUUAACAGAGUAUUCCCUGAGAACAGGAGAAGGGGCCCUGUUUCAGGACCUCUGGGGAGGGAAAGCAGGGGCUUCCUGUUCUGUUCGCCCAGGGACCUCACUGGCUUCAGGUAGACAGGGCAGGCAGGAGGGCACCAUGUGGGCUGGUCCCCAAGUAGGGGAAGGCAAGGACCAGCCUGUGCUCAGAUCCUGAGGCUGUUUGAGGGGGUAGUGCUGGCUAACUCACUGGGGUAAAGAGGCCAAACUGAGUUCAGGGCUUGGUGGUAGGACUGUAUCGGAGAGAAAAUGGAGAUCAAGCCUCAUAUUCAGGAGAAUACGAUAUCCCUGAAGUCCAUAUCAUGGUCCUCCACUUCCAUGCAUCGCAGUCAAAUCCAGUAUCGUAUUACCAAGAAGAAUCCGUUGAGCCUGAGGCUCAUGGCUGUCAUCCUCACCACCCUGAGCUGGAGCAUCAUGACUGUGGUCUGCAUCCACCCCAGGUGGGUCAUCCUAGAUCAUUCCAAAAGGAAGUUAUGGCAAAACACAACUUUGGACUUUGCUCUCUGGGACAACUGUGACCAGUGCUCGCCUUUCAAUAAACUGUCAGUUUACAUCUUGGUUGCUCGAGGGAUCAUGUUUCUGAACCUGAUCUUCACCUCCCUCCUCAUUGUCUCCAUGAUAUGCUCCUUUCGAAGAAUAUUCAAUCGUAUUUCCAACUUGGACUUUAUCUUCUCCAUCGCCAACUACAUCUCAGGACUGGCCUCACUCUUGUGUAUCACGUUGUUUGGGCUGCAAUUGCUGGAAAUCUUCAUCGAGGAUGGUCGUGAAUUCCACGUCAAGUGGCCUUUCUACUUCUCUGGCUUCGGGAUCUUGAGCUUCUUCAUGGCUGGCACCAUCUGUCUCAACAGUCACAAAAAUUCCUGGAAUAUAUCCUACUUAUCUCCUGACAACCUGCUUACCCAAUCAAAGAAACAGAGGCUGUUUGGAAGCUUAUGGCAUCAGUCACCCUCAUCAGUCGUCCCUGGAGAGUUGACCACCUCAUCCACAGUCAGCCACCAAGAGGCGUCCAUCAUCGCCAUCCUCAACAACAAGGCUUAACCAAGUGACUUUCUACUCGUGUUUGAGAGGCAUCUCCAUAGCUGACCCCCAGCUCUCUCUCCUCCACUCCCCCUCCCAGGCUGUCUUCCCUCUAGCAGGGAGGUGGCCCUGCUUGGGGUUUGGGCAUUGGGUCCCCUCUCUGCUCAGUCUCCCCUGCCUCUUUGCCAGACCUCCCCUCAGCACCCCCUCAUUCUCCUUCCCUCGGGUUAGAGCUGUUUCUGUCCUCUCCAGAUUUGUGGGUUCUAUGUUCCUUGAGAGCAAGCCCUGGGUCACAUAUAUCUUCAUUUUCCCAUUAGCAAGCAUCCCACCUUGCAUACAGUAGGUACUUAAUAAAUGUUUGUGGAAUAAAUGCACCAUGGCCAACAUUUUCAU